AUGUGUUUAGAGGGCUGUAAGCAAGGCUUCUUAGGAAGUUGCAGGCCCUUCAUAGGGGUAGAUGGUUGUCAUCUGAAGACAACAUAUGGGGGUCAGUUGUUGGUGGCAGUGGGCAGAGACCCGAAUGACCAAUAUUUCCCACUAGCUUUUGCUGUGGUUGAAAAUGAAUGCAAAGAGAGUUGGAGAUGGUUUUUGACACUACUACUGGAUGAUAUUGGAGGCAUUGAUUGUCAACGUUGGGUUUUCAUCUCUGAUCAACAAAAGGGACUAAUGACAGUUUUUGAUGAGAUAUUGGAAGGAGUGGAACAUAGAUUGUGCUUAAGGAACUUGUAUAACAAUUACAAGAAGAAGUUUGGUGGAGGAGUGCUUAUUAGAGAUCUUAUGAUGGGGGCUGCGAAGGCCACAUUUAAACAGGAUUGGGAAAAGAAAAUGGGUGAGUUGUCCAAAGUUAACAUUGAUGCUUACAAUUGGUUGCUAGCUAUUCCAACUAAUCGUUGGUGUAAACAUGCAUUUAGUAGUUAUCCUAGAUGCGAUGUCUUGUUAAAUAAUUUGUCUGAGUCAUUUAAUAGUACAAUUUUACUAGCUAGAGACAAACCUAUCAUAACUAUGAUGGAAUGGAUUAGAACUUACAUUAUGAGGAGGUUUGCAUCACUUAGAGAAAAAACAAAGACAUAUACAGGAGUUGUGAUGCCUAAACCACGAAAUAGGCUUGAUGGGGAAGUUGAGAAGAGUGGAAAUUGGAUUCCAACUUGGGCAGGGGCUGCAAAAUUUGAAGUCACUCACGGGUUUACUAUGGAUAAAUUUGUAGUUGACCUAAGUAACCAUUCAUGUAGUUGUUACUUUUGGGAUUUGGUAGGAAUUCCUUGCAGGCACGCUGUGGCUGCCAUCUAUUACAAACUAGAAAACCCUGAAGACUAUGUUCAUCCUUAUUACAAGAGAGAGGCUUAUGAGACUUGUUAUGGCCCUGAAAUUGUUCCAAUCAAUGGACAACAAUUGUGGUCAACUUCUGAAUCUGGUUCCCUACUGCCUCCAAUUUAUAAAACACCCCCUGGGAGGCCUAAAAAACUAAGAAGAAGGGAGGCUGAUGAAUAUGUGACUCAUACAAAAUUGUCAAAGAAGAAUCUUGUUAUGAAGUGUAGCAGCUGCAAUGAAUUUGGUCAUAAUGUAAGAACAUGUAAAAGGGGAAAGAAAAAGGAGGAUCUGGCAGCACAAGGGCCACUUCCAGUGCAGGAGGUUCUCAACCAGAACCAGCUCCAUCAACGUCACAAGGAGGAGCAACGUCAACAAGGGCAAGAACAAGUGGCAGUGGAGCAGGAGCUGCAUCAAGUCACCAAGGAGGAGGAACAUCUCAACGGGGAAGAAGAAGUGGCAGUGGAGCAGGACUUGUAUCAAGGCACCCAGGUGGAAGAAGAACAUCCUCACGACUAG